GAUAACCCCUGACUGCACCGCCCCUUCACCCACACAUCCCACUUGGUCACGUCCAGUGGGACCAUGUGGGUUCUGGAUAAGAUCCGUGGGUCGGUGGAGACCAACGUGCUGCGACAGGGGGAGAACGGAGACAAGAAGGGCGGCGCGCCAGCCUACAGCAACGUCCUCACACCCGACAAAAUCCCAGACUUCUUCAUCCCUCCCAAGCUUGUCAGCUGCCCCCCAGAGCCCGAGAUCCCCGAUGUGAAGGCCAAAGAAGGACUGCGAGUCUCCGCUUCCGAGCAAACCAUCAGCAGCGGGAAGAAGAUCAGCAGCCCUCGCAGCCCCCGUCUGGUGGCCAAGCUUGCCGGGGACACCAAGAACCUGCUGCGAGCGGCGAACCGCCACAUCAUACAGAUAGAGAGCGCGGACGAUGUGGUGGCCGGGGACACCAACGCAGACCCCCAGUCGCAGACGGCCAUGUCCCUGCCUUACGUCGCCAAGACACAAACCUCCUACGGCUUUGCCACACUGAAGGAAAGCCCUCACACCCGCCGCAAAGAGUCCCUGUUCCACUGCGACCUCACCAGCCCCAUGACCUCCCCAAACAUCCAGAGGAGGACGCAAGGGAAGAGCGGAGGCAGCGAAGGGGGGAGCCACUUGAAUCCAGCUGACUUCAACACCUCUCACAUCAACCCCUACCGUUAUUUCAGCGGCGGGGAGAGUGACACCUGCUCCUCAGCCGAGUCCUCACCAUUCAGCUCGCCUCUGCUCUCCCGCUCCGCCUCCCUGCUCAAAAUCUUCACCCAUGAGACGCAGGCCAAGGUGGUGAAGGCCAAGAGGACAUUUGCGCGCCACAGCUCCCUGUCCACCGACGAGUGCAGCUCAGCCGAGCCCAGCCCCAACAUCCAGCGGCGGCUCCACACUUCUACCCUCCACGGCGGUGCGGCCGCCUCGGACCCAGGACUGCAUCGAGAGCACACCAUCAGCCUGCACAAAGGCGGCACGGUGAGGAUCAGCGCCAACUACGAUGCCGGCACCGCCCGCCUGCGCAUCCGCAUCCUGGCCGCGGAGAGUCUGUACGACAAGCUCUUCGACAUCAAGAGCAUCAACUGCUGCGUGUCCGUCUACCUGAACCCGGGCAAGCUGCAGAAGCAGAGGAGCAACAUCAUCAAGAACAGCCGCAACCCCGUGUUCAACGAGGACUUCUUCUUUGACUCGGUGACCUCGGUUCAAGUGAAGAACCUGUCGGUGAAGAUCAAGGUGGUGAACAAAGGCACCAGCCUGAAGAGGGAUGUGCUGCUGGGAGAACGAGAGGUGCCUCUUACAAAGCUGCUCUCGGGGCCCUAAGCCAGAGAGUGUCGAGAUCAUAAAAGGCAAAAAAAAAAAAAAAAAAAAAAAAAAAAAAAACAACGAAAAAACAAAAAAACAAGACACCACUCGAUGCUGAUUUUAUUAGAUGUUUGCACUGGUUUCUAUGAAUUCUGCUCUGCACCUUUGUGUUUUCUUUUGAAACAGCUGAAAACAGUGGAUAUAUCAAUGAGGGGAGAGUAAAACGAAGGUCACCCAGGAAACAAAUGCCUACACGGCGAGAGCGAUGUUCCUCUGAUGUAUUAAGAAAUAAUAAACAUCCUCUGCAGAGUCGGACUCGGAAAAUGAAGCCCUUUGGACGUGCAUGGCUGGACUAGAGAUUUUUAAUGGCCGAGGUUUGACCGGUCCCUCUCCACACUCACAAUGAAAGCUCAUUAAACCUAGCCGGGCUGAACAUUCCCCCGCCACAGAUGAAUAUGACAGAUGAAAGAGUCUUUUCUGGAUGUCUCCCUCUGCCAACUUCUUCAGCCACUUCUGGAUCAAAGGUUGGGAGACACCUGUGCAUCGAACUCACUCACUGUCU